AUGGAGCCACGGAAGUCUUGCGAAAUCAAACAAAAAGUUAAUUAUUAUAACUAUCUGGUAUUGCCGUUAAAAUUGGUCGCGUGCUGGGAAUGGUUUGAAAGACCUAAGAAGGAAUAUCAGAUCAUUAUUAAUAAUGUAUACCUCAGUUUCAUGCUGUUCUUGCUGUUGAACAUGGUGGUUUCCCUCUCGAUUCACAUUUACAUGGUGUGGCAAGGCGUCAUGUCCAGCCUCGACCUUCUUUCUGAAGCUCUACCGCAACUUAUCUCUAUUCUUAUAAUAUCCUACUUCUCCGUAUAUAAGAACGAUCUAUACGAGCUAGUGGAGUACAUAAAUACGAAUUUUAAAUGGCACUCGGCGUCUGGAGUCACCAACAUGACCAUGCAAAGGAGCUACGAUACUGCCAAGAGAUUUGCCUAUUACUACACAGCUUGUGUUGCGUUCAGUGUCACCGUGUACACCAUUAUACCUAUUGCUGACCAUUUGACAACAAAUGCUGAUCUUCCGUGGAUGUAUAAUGAGGAAGUAAACCAAAUAUUUCUCAUCCUUUUGAUAAGGCAGUGCUUGGCACAAGCAGCAAUUGGUCUCGCUAUUGGCCAGUUAGGAGUAUUCUUCGUUACAACCUCAAUACUUCUCUGCGGCCAAUUGGAUUUGCUAUGCUGCUCUCUACGAAAUGUUCGAUACACGGGGCUUUUAAAAAGCGAUAUUCGACAUUCGGCAUUGUUAAGUAACUCUGAAGAACUUGUAGCUGAUGAACAACACCGCUUUACUUAUAACGAAAGCCAUGUAGAAAGUCCGCAGUUCCAUUUCGACAAAGUUAACGUACUUAAAAUCCCACCCGUUUUCUGAGCAGAUAUCUACGAUCCCACGUUUGACGAAGAUACCUGCAGCGCUAUGGAGGACUGCGCUCGCGUCCACCAAGUGAUCAAGGAAUUUAAGAUAAUGUUUGAGAAGUUUAUUUCGCCGUUACUAGUAGUUCGGGUCAUACACUGUACUAUUUACCUCUGCGCCUUGUUAUACACUGCUACCUUGAAAUUUGACUUGGCCAUAUUUGAGUAUCUGUUUGCGGUCGCAUUGGACAUGUUCUUCUAUUGCUACUUCGGAAAUCAAGUUAUUAUACAAUCGGAUCGUGUGUCUGAGGCGGCGUACCAGAGCGCUUGGAUCACGAUGGGUGUGCGCCCGCGACGAUUGCUGUUGAACAUCCUGCUAUCCAGCCGCCGGUCUCUCAUUAUACGCGCAGGAAACUUCUUGGCCAUAGAUUUGCAGACCUUUAUUAGGAUAUUGAAAACAUCAUUUUCUUAUUAUACUUUGCUGGUAAAUGUUAACGAAAAAUAAAACCUUAC